GGCCGCCACCCCGCCGCCCUCGGCCUGCUCAUUCUGUCGGCCAUGCAAGCACAUGGCAUGGUGCAGCCGCAGCCUCCUCCACGUAAGGGACGGCCAGCGCCGCCUCCACCAACCCGCCCCCUUCCCGACAUGGAGCAGAGGCCUUCCGGAUCUCAUGGAGGAACCUCCAGCGGCGUGCGCCCUCCACUGCCAACGGCGGGUAACCCGGCGAAGAGCCGUCGUCGAACCUUCGUCGCGCCAGCUCUGCUGCCUACUGCCAAUCCUUGCAACUCCGUCCUUCCGCGUCGCCAAGAAGUGCCCAACUCCAGCCUUCCUCUUCGCCAAGAAGUGCUCCACUCCGGCCUUCCUCGUCGCCAGGAAGUGCUCUUUCCCGGUGGUGCUCCUCGACACGACCCUCUCACGGUGACCUUCACGGAACUUGCUUCACCACCACCCGGUGCCACCACCUGCUGGGACACCCGCAGCACGUCGUCAUCACCAGCGAUGAUGGGAUACGAGGCCGCCGGUACCUCAGAGCCGAUGUUUGAUUGGACACCGGACUGCUCUGCAAAUGAUCCACCGUACUACACAAAUCUCAUGACCCAGGAUGAGGAUGGCAAUUUGGAACUAUCAGUGCAGCCAGAUGUCACUCCAAGUAGUUGUGGGAAAGGAGCAUCCAAGUGGGGCAGCAACUACAGUCAGGAAGAAGAUAUCCAGCUUUGCAAGUCUUGGAUAAGUAUCAGCAAUGACGCUAUCACAGGGACUGACCAGUCAGGCAAAACGUACUGGGAGAGGAUCGCCGCACAUUUCCACAACUUCAGGGGCUUCCACGAACUGCUGUGCCAAGUUCCAUGGAAAUGUAUCUGUGAUCCAACACUACGAAACAAGCAGAAAUUCUCCACGAACAAGCCCUCCAGAACAGAAAUCGCAUCACAGAAUCAGGAUAAGAAUGAUAGAAAACAGAGCAGAUGUAUAAUAGGAAAGAUGCAGUAUCUUCUAUUUUUUAUUGCAGAUGUAUAACAUGAAUUCAGAGUACAAACCCACAUGUAUAACUACCUAGCAACUACCUAGCACUAUAUCUUGCCCAUA